GUGUUCCCUUCAAACUUGCAAUCCUCCUCAUCCAGCACUACAAACACUUGUUCCCAUUCAACCUGAAAACUGCAAGCUAUGUCCCUCAGUUAAGUUUGAUUAGGAGAACAUUAUAGUUGAGUAGUGGUGGUCAGUACAGAUUUUGUGUUGAGCUUGGAGGUCUUCGUAAAGGUGUCGAAUCGAAUCGAAAGCAGAAUGCCAGUCCCUCUUGCUCCCUACCCUUUGCCUCCAGUGCCUUUUGCAGGCCCUGUAAAUGGUUCACAGAGUCAGCUUGUGUGUUCAGGGUGUGUAAACCUAUUAGUCUAUCCAGUUGGGGCAACCUCAGUAUGUUGUGCUGUUUGCAAAGCAGUCACAGCUGUGCCACCUCCAGGCACGGAAAUGGCUCAGUUGGUGUGUGGACGUUGCCACACUCUACUGAUGUACAUUCGUGGCGCAACCAGUGUGAAAUGUUCAUGCUGUCACACUGUCAACUUGGCCAUGGAAGCUAAUCAAGUAGCACAAGUGAAUUGCGGAAAUUGUCAAAUGUUGUUGAUGUAUCAGUACGGAGCACGGUCUGUCAAAUGUGCAGUUUGCCAAUUUGUGACUUCAGUUGGGGUACCAAGGAGCACUAUGGAGCAGAAACCCCACAGCUAAAUCAAGAACACUUGAAAUCUUUAGUUAAAACCAUAGCAGUUCAACGCCCAGGCAUGAAGAAAAUAAAUUUCUGUUGUUACAUGUGUAGAUAUAUCAGAUUCCUUCGACAUGAGUCGAUUAAUAAGAAGCAUGGCACUUGGCAGGUUGCUUGCUUGAAAUGACUUGAGAAUUAAUGUAUUCUGUUAAGCAAAAAGUUCAUUUUGUCA